GUAGAACGAUAUAUGACGGGGCAAAAAUGCCCUGCGUUUCCCAUUUUCUAACCAUGCCCAACUUAAACAUGAAAGUAUCACCUGAACUAACUCACAAGACGCUGCCAGUACUGAAACUACUCUGGAUAAGGAUGGCGAUUACUGCAAAUGCUAUCUACGGCGGAUCCCUCGGAUUGGCAAAGCUCGUGCACAGAGACAAUUUCAACAUGAUGCACGAGAAAGGCACUCUUGCCUCUUGCCGCUCGCUUCAAGCUUUCAUCUCCAUGCGCCCUAAAACUGCGUUGCAACGGAUACGGCAUUUCAACCACCCCGCCUAGUAGAGUUUGCCCGCUGGAUCUAGAAUGUCUCAAGAAGCUGAAAUCAUUCGCCUGCUUCAGGAAGAAGGUAGGCUUCGGGAAGAAGGCAGGAAAUGCAUGAAGAUAUUGAGCAUUAUUUUAGGCCUGCAAACUACCAUACAGAUAUACAGAUCAAACCGGCCGGCCAGCUAUUAAAUUUUUGAGUUUGUAACGGUGCGCAAGGAGCCAACCGUCUUAUGGUCUUUUUUGGCCCAGUAGUUAGGAGCCCGGAGCCUGACAGGCUCUAAGCCAUGACAGAGUUUCUUGAUACCUGCCAUACCUGUCUCUUUCUGGUCCCACCGUUGGCGAGCUCAACGCUUCUCAUCAAAAGCACCUGGCAAA